GCGCCGAUUUACCCAGGAAGCUCAAUGGUUCAGCUAUGUCCAGGAAGAAAGAGCAAUAACACGUUUGACUGCAUCCAGAUCCAGUCCUAGCCAUGGUGCGCUGCCAUUCGUGCACCAGGCUGUGCUCCCGGUCGUCGGCCUACACGCUGGCCCUCGGCCUGGGCUUCGUCACUUUGGGGACCAGUCGAAUCAUCCUGCUCAAAUUCUCUGCCAAUGCUGAGAACAAGUAUGACUUCCUCCCUGCAUCCGUCAAUCUGUUUGCUGAGUUACUCAAACUGCUCUUCUGUCUGGCCAUGUCAGUCCGAGUCAUAGUCAAAGAGGGACGAUCAUGCAGAGAGCUUGGCUUUUCCUCCAGCUCAUCCUUCCUCAAUUCCCUGAAAUGGGCUGUCCCUGCUUUCCUCUACUUCCUUGACAACCUCAUCAUCUUCUACGUGAUGACUUACCUGCAGCCUGCCAUGGCAGUGUUGUUCUCCAACUUUGUCAUCCUGACCACAGCUGUACUCUUCAGACUUGUUCUGAAGAGGCGUCUGUCCUGGGUUCAGUGGGCAGCGUUAUUUGUCCUCUUCCUGUCCAUUGUUUCCUUGACGACGGGAUCAGGGAGCAGCCAAAACUCCAUAGCCGUACCAGGUCUCCACUCAAACCCCCUCUCCACCCCCUCCAACUCCUGCCUUCUCUACACACAGCUGCUGGAGCAGAUGAGGAACAGCAGUGCCACUGAAUCGUGGGUGUCCUCCCUGCCCGGGCAGGCGUGGAGGGACAGGGUGGUGGAGAAGCUUCGCUCUCUGGGUGUGGGUCACAUCCUGCUCCUCCUCCAGUGCUUCAUCUCCGCCAUGGCCAACAUCUACAAUGAGAAGAUCCUCAAAGAAGGAAACCAGCUCACUGAGAGCAUCUUCAUCCAGAACAGUAAACUGUAUGCCUUUGGUGUGGUGUUUAACAGUCUGACCCUCGGGCUGGGCAGUGAGGCUCGAGGCCUCACCGUGCACUGUGGCCUCCUCCAUGGACAUAAUGUCUACUCCCUGUGUCUGGUGCUGGUCACUGCUGCCCUGGGUUUAUCUGUGGCCUUCAUCUUGAAAUUCAGAGACAACAUGUUCCACGUGCUGACAGGCCAGAUCACCACAGUCCUGGUCACCGCCUUCUCCCUCUUCCUCUUCGACUUCCGCCCCUCGCUGGACUUCUUCCUCCAGGCUCCCACGGUCCUGCUGGCCAUCUUUAUCUACAACGCCAGCCGGCCCAAGGACUUGGAAUACAGCCUGCAGCAGGAGAAACUGCGGGUCAUCAACGGAGAGGUGUUCGAGAGGUCCAGAGGGGACGGCGAGGAGCUGGAACUCCUGACAAAGCCAAACACAGACAGUGAAUCCGAGGAAGAGUCUUUGUAGUACCGGCUCUCUUACAGGACUACAAGAACAUUUUCUUCUUCACUGCUGCUACUAUGAAGCUGCAGUAAAGACUUGUCUUCAUGGAAGCAGCAUGGUCGCCGGUUCCGUCAGUCAAAGCAUUUAUUUGAAUGACUGUCAGCAGGUCAACGUGAACAAUGGAUUGUGUGAUGAACUCUUAGAUAACUAAAUCUAUUGUGUAUAUUUUGAAAAAUGUGCCUGUCUGCAUAGGAGUACUGUUGAUGAAACACCAGUAAUACAUCAGUGUAUGUGCCGGGAAUUAAUCCUCACUGUUUUUGCCAUUUUGGAUCAUUAAGGCUUUCUGUUAUCAAUAAUGUCUUCAAAAGAUUCCUGUCAUAUGUGCAGCUAUUUCACUGCUUGCAGGUGAUUGAUGGGUUCAAUAUUCUGAACCCAAUUGUACACAGUUUUAUGAUUGUAUAAGGUCAUAUUGUUGUUUUUGAUUGUUGUUGGCAUCGUUAGCAAUCUAGCGUCAAUAUUUAAACAAUGUGAAAAACAGAAGCACAGCAUGCCAGCACAAAAUCACAAACUAUACCUUCAGAAAAAAAACAUGCACAACAGGAACAAUGUGUCCAUUGCAGUGUACAGGGCUUAUUAUACUUCUGCUCAAUCAGUGUAUUGUCUUAAAUAUGAACCAGAGCUAUGAGCAUUUACAGAAUUUACAAGUUUGUAUGCCUGAAUUUCUGAAAGCACAACCUAGUGGCUCUUGGUUCUCCUUCUUGGCCUUGAACAUUACUUUUCUUUUUGCCACAUUGCGGAAAAUUGAUGUAGUUCAACAGUGAAAUACCAUGAAUAUAUAUUUCUGUUAAGAUUCUUCUUGUUCCAAAAAACUGCUUUCAUUUUGUGUAAAUAAUCCAAGCGGUGAUGACAAUUAAAAUUGCAAUAUAG